CUGUCUGCGGCAUCAGAAAACCUUGGACAGAGCUGGCCCCACAUCUUUUUGGAAUUUGCCGCAGGAAAGUGAGGACCGCUAGGACAGACGGGCCGAGAAGACGCUCGCUGGGGACCAAUCCCGCUACCCCGCUGUCCUGCUCCCGAGAAGCCCGGGCAAGUGAGGCUCCACAAAGUUUGUCCGCUCCGGGGCACCGUAGUUGCUUUACCCCGGCUGAGCGGCCGGGCCGGGCUGGACGGCGGAGCUCGCCUCCGUGUAGGGGUCCUUGAUGGCUGCGGUGUUUCUAGUAACGCUCUACGAGUACUCGCCGCUUUUCUACAUCGCGGUGGUCUUCACCUGCUUCAUCGUGACCACCGGCCUGGUAUUAGGAUGGUUUGGUUGGGAUGUUCCAGUAAUUCUGAGAAAUUCAGAAGAGGCCCAGUUCAACGCAAGAGUUUUCAAAAAGCAAAUGAGACAAGUCAAGAAUCCUUUUGGCUUAGAGAUCACUAAUCCGUCUUCAGCUUCAAUUACAAAUGGCAUAACUUUGACAACAGAUUGCCUUGAAGAUAGCCUCCUUACAUGCUACUGGGGCUGCAGCGUUCAGAAAUUAUAUGAAGCUCUGCAGAAGCACUUUUAUUGCUUCCGAAUAAGCACGCCCCAAGCACUGGAAGAUGCUCUGUACAGCGAGUAUCUCCAUCAAGAGCAGUACUUUAUUAAAAAGGACAGCAAAGAAGAAAUAUAUUGCGAGUUACCAAGAGAUACUAAAAUUGAAGACUUUGGUACAGUGCCUAGAUCUCGCUAUCCAUUGGUAGCACUGUUGACUCUAGCUGAUGAGGAUAACCGAGAAAUUUAUGAUAUUAUUUCCAUGGUGUCAGUAAUUCAUAUUCCUGAUAAGACUUAUAAACUUUCCUGUAGAAUAUUAUAUCAGUAUUUACUCCUGGCUCAAGGUCAAUUUCAUGAUCUUAAGCAACUUUUCAUGUCUGCAAAUAAUAAUUCCGCUCCCUCCAGUAAUUCCUCUCCGGAAGACAAAAGUGCAGACCGAAGUCUGUUGGAAAAGGCUGGACUGUCUGAAGGCGAGCUGGAGCCUCCUGAGGAGAGCAGCAGGGACUGUGUCGUGUGCCAGAACGGGGCUGUGAACUGGGUGCUGCUGCCGUGUCGGCACGCGUGCCUGUGCGACGGCUGCGUCAGGCACUUCCAGCAGUGCCCCAUGUGCAGGCAGCUUGUUCAGGAAUCCUUUGCACUUGGUAGUCAAAAGGAGCAAGAUAAAGACAAACUGAAAACUCUUUGAGGAUGUCGUUACAUCCUCAAGUUGAGAAGUACACUUUCCACUGAAGAUGCAGAAAUUUGUGUUCUUGGAAUUCAUCAUAACAUGGAAUCUACAGUGUUGACCAUCAACAAAAAUUCUAUUUUAACUUCCUGUUUGUAUGGAUGGUGGCAAUUAAUUAUUUCUUCUUGUUCAGUAUGGUGAAUACUGGAAUACUAUCUGUGUUAAUACAUAAAAUUCAUUCAACUCUUGAGAAGAGUGUAAACGUUUAGCCUUUUAUCAGCUAGAGGGUUUUGUAUAAGGUUGAUUAGAAAAAUUCUGAAAAGCAAUCCAUCAAAAAUUUCUGAGGAGGUAAAAGUCUUAAGAUUUCUGAAUGUUUUCCUUAGAUGUAAUCUGGAGUGCAGUUGAGAAAAAACUGAAUUCUUCUUAAAGUAAUUGUAUGUUCCUCACUUUACAAAGGAGUUGAAAAGGGCUUCUAAUUUUAAAUCCUUUCCUGAAAUAUCAGUUUUUAUAAAUAUCCAUCUAUUUGGCUUCUAAUUUUCCUUAUAAUCAUAGUCACAUAAACUCAUCUUAAUUUUUAAAUAUAGCUUAUUAAAUCAUAAAUGCAAGAAACAAUUCUUGACUGCUCUCAGUUUAUCAUAGAUUAAAAUGAUACUCAUUUAUAGGAAGCAGAUAUAUAAAACAUGGAUAAUAAAAUUUCUUGGAUAAUUAAAUUUAUUGUCAGCUGUGAUUAGAUGACCAGCAUGGGACCUACCAGGGGAAAUUUGUGAGACUCUCGAGGCCUUCCCUCACGUUUCCUCCUGCACGGUGGAUCCAUCCAACACUGGAGGGGUUUUGGAACCAGAAAAAUCGUUGAAAGAAACCACCUUUUUUCUAGUGUGUUUUUAUUCCGGAUAAACCCAUGUCCUUCCGAGUGUAACCUACCUUGUUAUCUCUUGUGACAUCCUCAUAAGAGUGGAGGAAGCUGAUAGGAAAAAGCCCCAUCCCCAACUCUUUCCAAGGUGACUGAGAAGAAAGUGAAUCUGAACUUCCUGUGUCUUCAGUGGAAUUACCUUCAACUCACCAAGAAACUAGAUCACAGUAAAUAAACUAUGACAUCCA